AGUCGCCAUCUUAGCGACCGCGAUUGGUUCCUUGUCGGGAUCCGCGUCGUAUGUUCCGCGCGACUGUGCGUAGCGUCGUCUCGGUAGGCAGGUAGCCCUCCCCCCGUCCCUCCUUCUCCUCGGUCGUGCGGAGAGUCAGCGCACGACACCGGGAAGCGACCGGGGAGCUUCGUCGGCGGACAGGCAACGAACUUGCCGGUGCACAAGAGGAGGAGGCCGGUGGGAGCGACGGCGACGAGAGAGAGAGAGAGAGAGAGAGACAGCCAGCCAGCCAGGCAACAGCGCGCCGAGGAUAGGCGAUCCUUUGACGUUUCACACCUGAUCCCGGCAUCGGCGUGACGUGUGUGUUAGCCGUGGACGAAUUCGCGUCGCGCGACAGCGCGACUUGGAAAAAGCCGAGGCAUUGAGGAGGAGCGGGAAGCUUGAUAAAGGUCGCGCUUGGAAUAAGAGCGAAUAGGACGAGGGGACAUCGGUGAGAUCCGUUCGCGAAGAUGAGCUGUCAACGUAACGUCGGCAAGAUCACGGUGCCGGACGACCUGCGCGACGUCCUGCUGGAGUUCACCAUCAGCUAUCUCCUGGAGCAGCCGGGCGACAUCAUCGACUACGCCGUGGACUUCUUCACGCGCCUACGUGACACGAGGCGGACGCAGCUGAUCCAAACGGGCGGCCAGACCUCGACGUCCACGCCGGACGAGUCCGUUGACGACGAGGAGCCACCAGUCGGCCGAUUCGCUUCCAGAAGGAAGAGCGUUUUCGCGGAGACGUACAAUCCCGAGGAAGACGAGGAAGAUGACGGCUUUAAGAUGGUCCAUCCAAAGAGCGACGAGCAGCGACAAAGGCUCAGCGAGAGCGUCAAAAACAUACUUCUGUUUCGCUCUCUAGACGAGGAACAAAUGGCGGACGUACUUGACGCGAUGUUCGAAAAAACCGUUCAACCGGAAGAAUUUAUUAUCCGACAGGGCGACGAUGGUGAUAACUUUUAUGUGAUCGAGAGGGGAAAAUUCAACGUUUACGUGAAAGAUCCUGUCACGAUGACGGAUAAUCACAUUCACACUUAUGAUAAUCGCGGUGCUUUCGGAGAACUAGCCCUUCUAUACAAUAUGCCCAGAGCAGCCACCGUCAAGGCCGUUUCGCUCGGCACACUCUGGGCUAUGGACAGACAAACUUUCCGACGCAUUCUCCUUAAAUCCGCGUACAAGAAGCGUAAAAUGUACGAGGCUCUUAUUAAUAAAGUGCCGAUGUUGAAAUGUCUCGAGCCUUACGAACGUAUGAAUUUAGCGGAUGCCCUUGCGCCGAAACAAUAUUCCGAUGGCGAGCAGAUAAUCAGGCAGAGUGACAACGCGGAUGGAAUGUAUUUCGUCGAGGACGGCAUCGUCAGGAUUACUAUACUGGGCGAGAACGGUCGUGAAAUUGAGAUUAAUCGUGUUCCGGCUGGCGGUUAUUUAGGCGAGUUGGCACUUGUGACGCAUAAACCACGCGCUGCUUCGGCCUACGCUGUAGGGGACGUCAAACUGGCAUUCUUGGACGUUGAAGCUUUCGAGCGUUUGCUCGGCCCGUGCAUGGAACUUAUGAAACGUAAUAUUGACGAUUAUGAAGAUCAGCUAGUCAAAAUAUUCGGCAGCAAAACCAACAUCUCCGACAUUCGAUGAAUUGUCUUCGGCAGAGACAUAUCGCCGCGCUGCUGUACUAAAGGACGCGACACUUUCGUACAGUAUAUAAUGUAUAACGUGCACAAAAGAGAACUUGUACCACCUACUUUUGAAUCUCAUCCCGCGUAUUUCGAGUAUCGACUCGAGAAGAUCAACUGUUUCGUAUGACUGUUCACUUUGGACGUAUACCGAUUAAGAUUCGUCGACGAUAGUUACCAAGUUUAUACCUACGACACACAUUGAACAAAACUAUAGGCUGCUCGACUAUGUAUAAACAAAUAACAAUGAUAUUUAAUAAUUAUUCUCUAAGACUGUACUAGAUCAAAAAGAAGGUACGUUAAUGCAUUCUAUUACGCGCUCGAUCGUUUGCGAAAUGAAUAUCUCCAUUUAUUAUAAUCUCAGUGAAAGAUUGGAAUAUAAUACUUUGAGAUCUAGGACAGCAUUAUUAUUACAUAUUAUUAUAUUAAUAUUCUUAUCCCUGGAAUAAUUACAGUUUAUCUUGAUGUAUUCUACGCAUACAAACGUCGCGUAUACUUCCUCGUAUUAUCCAUUAUUUAAAUCGGCAGCUACGUUUAAUAAGCCACCAAGAGUCUUGAAUAUUCGAAAUUGAAUGCUCUUUUAACACAUUCUUCUUCUCUCUGGCAAAGGUGGAUUACAAGAAAAACGACUCUAAUGAUCGUAUAGCGACAUAAAUCUUGUAAAGUUUCUAUGAGAUACUUAUAUAUGCAUAUCACUCCUUUUCGAAUAUAAUGAAAGUAACAUUGCCACUAUUAAACUAAAUAAAAAUAAUAUCCUUUGAUACAUCUAUUUAAUAAUAAAAUAUCUUAAUAAAAAAUAUCAGGUUAGACAAUCAAGAUUUUAUCUAUAAUUUUCAACGAGUAUUAACACGCACUUUCUUCGUGAAAUAAAUACGCACAUAUACAUACACGAACAAACAUCACACAUAAACGCACAUACUUGUAUGUAGUAAAAUCAUUUUUAAGCGCAACAUUUAAUCUACAUAUUAUUUUUAUUUUAUCUUUUUUUUUCUAUAAAUUUGUGAGUUUUAUAUGAAUUAUUUUAUUAUACAUAUGAAUAUGUACGUAUUUUAUGUAUUUUAUGUUAAAAUCAAGACAUUUUGAAUUUAUUGCAAUUUUAUAUAUAAUUAUAUAUGAUUAAAUUAGCGUGAAGUAUAUCAGAUUGAUUUUUCUACUUGAGAAAAUAUCAAUUUUUUUUCUAAAUUGCAGAUUAAGUUUUUUUUUCAAGUGAAAAAAAACGCGCAUUAAUUACGUCUGACAUUUUUGUAGUAUUUAAAAACUUCUAUAAUAUUGCAGACGUAAAAAAUCGGUGAAAAGAGUACUGAUUUAUAUAUCCGCUUGUUUAUGGAUAAAAAUUAAUAAACGCCGGAAUUUUACAAAACGCAUUCUAUUUCGGAUAUAAAGCACUCUCACUAAAUGCAUAGGAAAAUUAGCGAGCCUUAAGAUUGACUUAAAUGCGCGGAUAUAGCAAAACAAAAUAAAUAUAUUUGAACAUGCGUACGAUAUAAAAGAUAUACAGUCUCUUUUACAAUAACACAAAUGUAAAUGCAAAAAUAAGAGAGGAAAGGGAUAAGAUUCUCGAAUUGUUUUUUACUUACAUAUAUUAGUGUAAAUGUCAUCAUUCGCUAAAGAUUAUGUGAAUUUUAUUGUGAAAAAAAUAACCGCGCGUUUAAGCCAAGCGUUAAAUUCAAUGUGUUUUGCUGUUAAAAAUCAUGGUAACUCGAGGAUCGAUUAUAUGAGAAUCCGUCAACUUAUGUUUACUACGUGUAUAUAUGAUAUACACGUUAUACAUGAAUGAUAUACGUCUAUAUCACGAUAUACACGAAUGAUAUCAUCAUUAUAAGAGCCCAGUCGAAAACUGAUUAUUGUACGAACAAGAGUUGCGAAUGCUAGUCACUUUUUUAUGAUCGUGCUAUCGUCACUCAUCUUUCUUGUGACAAUUACGCUCGAUCAUAAGAAAAAAAAUAAAAAAGGAAAGAUACAUUUUAUUAUUAAAUCGUAUAUUUACUACUGUGACUGAGAAACUCAAUGAAGCGACAGAGCUUUUCAAAUAAUAUCACAAUCGUGUGAGGGAGAAAGGGGAGACUAGUAUGAAAAUGAAAUAGAAGAUAGCAUAGGAAUUGUUAAUAACAAUUGUGUUAUCAAUUAUUCUUUGCUUAUGGCAUUUGCAAUGUCUUGCACUGGAAUUUUUUCUUUUUUUGAAUAUAAGAAUUUUUCUUAUAAGCAAAUUAAUUGAGAAUUAUUCUUAAGAGAAUAGUUAAACGAAUUUGACUAGACGUCAAUAACCUGGAAAAAAUUUACACUUUAACAAUUAAAGUUUUACUUUUGCUUUAUAAUGGCAGCAUCUUUAGUCUUCCACUGUAUCUCCAGGCUGUGAUAUUAUUUUCGACUGAGUAUUUCAUUCCCUUUCUUGUAGUUUUUUUUCUACAAGAUGAAUAAAAAAAUAUCGUAAUUGUUAUUGAAGUCGCGAUACAUCAAACUGAUGAAUUUAUUUUAAAUGACUAAACCAACGUAUCUUGUAUAUGUAAAUGCGACAAAGACUUCAAUGGAUUAACAAAAGUGACUUGAUUAUUGUUGGAUACGAGGAACUCUAGACGUAUCGCAAAAGAAAAACCAAAAAAAAAAUAAUUCGCAUAUUAAAUAAACUUGAUACGCAUAAGUACUUACUUGUGUUAGCUUACAUUUGAUGAAUUAAAUGUAAAGCAUUAAAAGUUAGAAAGUCUGUCCAAUUCACAUUAUGCUGUAUGUAUCUAUCAUGUGAUUUGUCUUAUAUGUUGCGUGUUGUCUUUCAUGUGCGAGUGUGGAUAUGAAUAUGCGUGUGACGAUCGAGCCAGUAAUUUGUUAAUUUAUGUUGCUAUUAUAUCGAUAGUUUACAAUCUUUGAUAGUUAUAUAAUUCAUGUUAUCGUCAUUAAAGAUAAUGCAAUAUAUCGAAAUAUGUCCUAUGGAUAAAUAUCGUAACAGUAGUAUGCCUUACUGUGCCGCACACUGGAUCUUCGCCUUUUUACUUCCAAAGAGGAGAAGAUCUAUAAAGUAUCGAAGAUAUAGAUUUCGUUAUAUAUCCACGAUUUACAUUGCUGGACAAAAUGAUUAAAAUUAUUAAAUUAGUGUAAAUAUAUACAAAAACUUUUUUUUAUAAUUUUUUUUUUAUUAUAAUUUGUAAUUUUGGUCACAAUUCCAUUAUUUUCGUUUAAGUUAAAAAUCACUUACAUUAAUAAUUUAUAAUUAGUAUAUGAAUCAAUUUGGUAUGCUUAUAAUGAUAAGUUUUUUGUAUCAGAAAUUUUUUAAAUAUUUUAUCAUUAAACCAGCAGUGUAUUAGUUAUAUAUUCACAUGUUCUACAUCCAGCAAUGGGCAUUCAAUUUUUCGUCUUGCAAGUCUUCAAACAAUUGAAUCAAUAUGGAAUUUCGUGUUAUUUUGAAUAUUAUUGGAAAUUAGGAUUUUUUAUUAAUCUUGAUUACAUCUUGUAGAAUCUUCUCUUGUUUUAAUAAUAUCUCUUAAAAUUAACAAAGAAGUUUGGAGACACUCUGGACAUUCUUGUUUAUUGAAUAUGAAUUAUGUAUCAAUGUUUACGGAAUAUGAAUUAUGUAUCAAUUUUUGAACGAGCACAUUUUUUAUUUACAUUUAUAAAUUAUUGUAAUGAAAUUAUUAUUCUUAUUAUUGUCAUAAGAAAUAUUAUGCAGAGAGAGUAUAAUCUUAUUUUAGAUCUCAAAUUUAAAUAAUAUUUCGCGUUUGCUGUAUCCAUUUACAAUUUUUAAAACUUUUAACAAUUGAAUAUAUCUCAAGAGAUUUGUUAAAACGAGGCCUUUGUAAUUGCCGUUUAUCAAAAUCAUUUCAAGGAUAUUCAAUUUUAAAUAAUAUUUAAAAUGACUCGAAACUCUCUUCCAUUGUGUGUUUUCAAUGAUUCGGAGCGCUUGACUCAGCCCGCUAAAUUGCAAUUCUAGUCCAAAGUGACAUGUGACAUAAUAGAGAAAUGUUUCCGACCAAGUAGCAUAUAUCGAAGAUCUGAGAAUCGACAAAUUGAUCGCUAAUAAUAUUUAUAAUUGGCUAAUUAUGUACCAGUAACUUAUUUCUUUUACACGUUUAAUUUAAGUUUUCUCUUAUGUGCAACGAGAUAUAUUUCUUUAAUAUAUUUAAAUUUAUUAAAUGUAACAAUUAUGUAUUAUUAAUGUUAUUGUGCACGUAACACAAUGCACUUUGCAUCGGACCAAUUUCAAAGAUUGAAUUUGCGACUAUUUUUUUUUUCUUUCUCUCUAAUAUCACUCUAAUAUUCUUUCUUUCAUCGUAUAGCUGAAUAUAAAUUCUUCCCCGACGUUCACCCGUUAUACCGAGUUCUAAAAUGUUACGUUCUAAUAACUUGAUUGUCUCUAUAAUUUUUAAAUUGUAUUAUUUCCACGAAUAUGUACGUGGCAGAUAAACUUUAUACAAAUUUAGUCAUAAACGUGGCUCGAGAAAUAAUAAUUCUUCAAUUAAUUCUCAAGUCACAUGCUUUAAUGCUAAGAGAAGCAAUACGAGUCUUAAACUCGAUUGCGUGCCGACAAUCGUCCGAUGUCAUUGUCUGAAAAUGCUUGUAUGAUUGAAAGUGUCUUGAUGAAGUUUUAUAUAUCUUAUAUAUUUUAUCUCUUUUUCUUUAGAAUAAUCUCUCAUCAUCUUGUUAAAAGACCGACACUUUCUUCAUUUUAGAUUCAUAUACUGCACUUUCUUUUCCCCACACUUGAAUGCCAAUAAUAUUACUAUUUUACUGCGAGAAAAAAUUAUAUGCUUCUCUAAAUUUCUUCAGAAAUGGCAUAAUUUAUCGCAAACAUUCUGUGCAAUUAGAAUAAAACGAAAGGAAAGAGUAUGCAGUUACGGGAAAUUGGGAUGUUCGAGGACCCAGAAGUAUAUAUAUAUAUGUAUGUCUCUCUUUUGUUACGUGUCCCCGUUUUAUCAUUAUAUCUUCGAACCAAAGCAUGAUAAAGAGAAAUCUCUUUGAUUGUAUUGUAAAUGUUGAAUAAAUUUAGAAUAUAUAAUUAGCUUUAUAUAAAAUGUGUGUAUACACAUGUUGCUCGAAGCGUGACAUAUAUAUAGCGGAUAUAACAUCAGAAUGAUCUCUUUGUGUUCCGUUAGUGAUGUAAGAAAAAAUUGAUCUUGUUUUUGGUUGAGUUAUACAUAUCGUUUAAAACAAACAGUAAAAUUGUUAAGUAUUUCCUAUAUUUUGUAACCCGUUCGAUGACAUAUCCAUCUAACGUGUUAACAAUCCUUAUAUCUUCAGAGAAGAAGAAACAAUAAAAAAGAUCCGCAUAUAGUAGCCUUCUUUUUAAAUGCGAAAUAACCGAGAUAGAUUCGUUUCACAACAUUUCGUAAAGAAUUUUUUUUAUCGAUUUUUUGGAUCUAUUAUUAUCAUCCAAAAUUUCUUCUUGUAUCUGUCGGAUAAUAUUAUGAGAUGCGACCCUUCCCUGAACUGUAUAUCUAAACUGGAUUGAUUUUAUACAUAUGCAUGCAAUAGGAACGUUUGUAGUUAUAACAGAGUGUUGUAAAUUAUACAAAUUAGUAACACGUACUUAAUGCCCCUCGUUUCGCAAUGUGUUAUAGUAUUAUACAAUGAAAGUUGCACACACAUAUAUAUAGGGUAUUUUCUUAUAGAUAUGAUACAGGUCGAUACUAUUGUAUUCUUCGUCAAAAUGUAAGCUUUUACCUUCGGCAAAAAAAAUUUCGAAUUGUAUUCUAUCUGUAUAUGAGACACUCUACAUAUAUGUGUGUACAUAUAGUAUAUAACAUAUACCGUUGUUAAGGUAUAUAGUGUAUAUACCUAAUAUAUUUAUGUACAUAAAUAUUAGGUAUAUAUACACAUACAUAUACAUAUAUAUAGAAUAUAUCAGUAUAUAUGUCGACACUCGUUUCCAGCUGGUCUGAUCGGGUCUCAUUUUAAUUAUAUAAAUUGUGUUAAAAUCUGACGGCAAUGCGAUUCAAAGUAAUCGAGAGCCAAAUGCAAUGCAAAACGGAUCGAUUUAUUGUAUGAUACAAUGCAAAUGUAUGUCCAUAUAUAAUUUGUUAAUAUAUAUCGAGAGGUAAAUAGAUUUUACUAAAGAUUUUCUGUGUGUGCUCUGUGGAUGCAGCGCAACAAGUUUAUCUGCGUAUAAAUAUAUAGAUAUAACCCGGAGAUAUAUAUAAUCGAAGGACGAAGGGUAAAUUAAACGGAGUACUUGCGCACGCUUUGUAAUAUAAAUCUGUAAGAUGCGCGAUCACAUGUCGUCCAUGCGUCUUUUUCUUUUCUCUUUUUUUAAAUAAUAUAAAAUUCAUUUAUAUAAAAUAAGUCUCUCGCCGCAGAGACACUUCCAAUGCUUGUAAUAAUUAUGCGUUAUAUAUGGAGCAAGAAGGCAAUCGAUAAGUAAAAAUUAGAGAUACACGUGCUCACUUUUACAUGCCUCGAAUUUAACGAUACUUAACAGUUAAUCACGCUCCUCAUUCGAUUGUAGAUCAUUUCUGAUCGUCACACUGAUUCGCGUGCAAGUGAACGUCUUCGCAAACUGAUAUAUUAAUUAUAUUUAAUCGUUAGAAUCAAUAAUUGGAAUUUUAUUUAGAUCUUAAUUUAGACUAUUAAUUAUUAUACUAAUUUUUCUUACAAAUAUUCUAUAGCUAAAUAUGUUUUUUUAUAACGUUUCAUUUUCUGCUCGAUAAGGAAUUGAAAAAAGAUUGAAAGUAUAUUUCUGGCGGCAAAUACAUAUCUCUAUACGUGCAAUAACACAUACUGAUUUGGCACGCGCAGCCAAUCGAAAAGUCAGGAUUAAUCGAAUAAUCUUGUUCAUACAUACAGCUGAUGUAAUUAUUAUUAUUUAUUUUCUCAUACAUAGGAUGUCGUAGAAAAUUGGAUGCUGUUCUGUUUAUUAGAACAAGGAAUUUCUUAAAUUAGUAUUAUGUUACAAUCCUUUUUACGGCCAUCCUCGUGCAGUUUUUUGUUCAUAUAUAUAUAUAUAUAUAUAUACACAGGCUUCAUGAUUCAUUUAGCUGUAAACAGCUUCCAAAUUCUUUCUGCGAUAUCCUUACGUGGACACGUCUCGUCGCGUAUAAGCUUAACUCGGAUACGUUCAUGUACGUAUUUUCGUGAUGGAGCCUAAGCGCGGUUGUAAACCAAAGUCAAGUCUCAGAUACAUAGAAUGAAAAAUAAAGAUUUGGUGUCUUUCCCUUUAAA